CGCCCCUGCUGGUGUAAAGUGUCUUAAUAGUCAAUUCCAGUCAAUUGGAUUGAUGCGAGAACUGAUAACACACCCCAAAUCGCUCCCCGAUACUCCUCGCCGGCCCGCGCCCCGCCCAUCAACAUUUUUCCGGCGCCCCAUUGGAUGUUGGUAGACAUGUUGGCCAAUGGCAGCUGAAGGGACGGACAAUGGGCGUGGCCGGCGAAGCUGCAGGGUGGCUCACAGGCUGGCGAGUGAGAGUGGGCGGGGCGUGUCAGUCAAAAGUGAUUUAUGGUCAGUGAAGAGCCAUGGAUGCUCACUUUGGAGUCCCGCGCUGUGUGUGGCUGACUGACAGACAUCCGCCUCGCCACGUGUUGCCUCGUCGCCGCUGACUGACGCUCGCCGGACAGUGCGCGCCGCGACUUGCCGGACAGUGAAGGGCCGCGCCUGUGAGGAGUGGAGUGUCUGGUGUCCUGAUUCGAAUUGGUACAAAGUGGCGUCAGGCGGCGGGAAAAUGGUGGAGACGGGAGGCGUGCGGUCGGCGGGGUCCUCGCCCGUGUCCUCUGCGCUGCCGCCUCCAGGCCUGCCGCUGGCUGGCAUGGCGGCGUCCCUGGCCGAGCCCCUCGUGCCCACCUCCCUGCCCUGCCUCGCCCCGCUGCCCCACUACCCCUACCCCGCCUACCUGCACCACCUGUCGCAGUACAUGGGGGCCGCGGACCCUCUCAAGCAGUACCUGGCGAGCAGCGACCCCCUCAAGCACUACCUCACCUCAGAGCACCUCAAAUACCUCCUGCCGGAACACAUGCGCCUCUACCUGGGCCACGACCCCCUCAAGAGCUACCACGCCUCGCAUGCCGACCACCUCAAGGUGCCGCUGCAGAUCUCAGACCCUCUCAAAAAUUACGCCUCUGCCUCGGAACACCUGCGCUGCCUGGCCUCGGGCGAGGUCACCGAGGGUGGCGGCCUGCCGCCCGUGUCCCGCGCCCAGUCCUCCGUCUUCACCAUCGAGAGUCUGCUGGCGCCCAGGACGUCCACGGGGGCGCCGCGCCUGCCGCCCUCACCCUUCCCCACCAUUCCUCGCACCCACUACGACCUGCUAGGAACAAGCCAGUACCCCGGCCUGUACUCCGCCUCCCUCUUCGGCGGCUCCGGGGCUGGUGGGAAAAGGAAGAGGCGGCACAGAACCAUCUUCACGGAGGAGCAACUGGAAGAGCUGGAGAGAACUUUCGCCAAGACCCACUACCCCGAUGUGCUCCUCAGGGAACAGCUCGCCCUCAAGGUGGAUCUCAAGGAGGAGAGAGUCGAGGUGUGGUUCAAGAACAGACGCGCCAAGUGGCGUAAACAGAAGCGCGAGGAGCAGGAACGGCUGAGGCGGCUGCGGGACGACGCUGGGCAGGCGGACGCCCAUCCCGAGGACGCCCGAGACCCAGACCUGAGCAGCGACGAGGACGUGGGCGGCCCCGAGGCGAUGGGCUCCGUGGAGGGGAAGGCCGACGAGGCGUCCCCCAAGCCCGUGUCCCAGGGCGAGGCGGCGGGCGGUGGCCACAGCCCCGUCCCGGCCCCGCCCUUCUUCUCCCCGGCAAAGAUGGCGGCGGAAACAGACGCCAAACGGCCUGACCACCUGGCCGCCGUGCACAGGGUUGCCCACGCCUGCCACGCAGACCUCAAGCCCACGCCCAUCCCCGGCCAUCCCCUAGGGGGCGGCCUGGACCCCCACGGUGCCCAUCCCCCCCAGGCCUUCCUGCUGGGCGACGACGACCUGCAUGCCGUCAAGAGGAGACGAGUGUCCGCCGAGUGUUCCGAAAUCGAGCUCACCUAACAAGCUCCGCCGCCGCUCCGCCGCCCGCCCGGGCACCGCCGCCGCCCCUCCCUUGUUGUAUACUAGUCACUGGAGAACCUUCGCUUGGUGUUCAGCUGCGCAAUGUACGUGUCUCGUGUGUGUGUGUGUGUGUGUGUGUGUGGUGUGUGUGUGUGUGUGUGUGUGUGUGUGUGUGUGUGUGUGUUUGUGCGAUACUGUAGACAAUGUGUUUAAGAGUGAAUGUGUAAGUACUAUAUUGAGCACACUUACAUGAAAACAUACGCACACACACACACACACACACACACACACACACACACACACACACACACACACACACACACACACACACACACACACACACACACACACACACACACACACACACACGGACUCUCAGUGUUCCCUGUUAUGGGUUUAAAAAAAAAUCUCCAUGGUUGUAUUCUGUCUCCCCAGUAACAUAGUCUAUAGCAGAAGUUACUAAGUACGUUUCCCCCAGGUGCAUUCACUCACACAACUACACCAUCAAACACACUGUUCCCAUAACAACCUGAUUUGAACACACCAAAGGAGGCUCCCUACGAUGAGAAAUAUCUUUAUAAUAUACCCGUCUUUUGUUUCUGUACAUAUUACUUCACGCUGUUAUAAGUAAUUCUGUCAGCUGUAAUAAGAAGAAACGUGAAAAGGAGUGUAAUAUAUUGUGUAUUAGACUCA